AUGAUCGAACCUGAACUAUACGACUCUGAGGAGGAGGAAACCCUUGAUGGUCUGUAUGAUGGUGAAGACGACGCGGAUGCCGAGGCAGACGAUGACGACAACGAAAACGAAAACGAACAUGACCAGGGAGAUCACUUGUUGGACAAUAUAGGGCACCCGGACGCGGCAGAUGAUGCGACUGAGGACGGCGACGAUGACUCUGGCUCUGAUGAUUCUGAAGAAGACGAUGAGGAAGAGGAUGAGGACGAAGAAGAGGAAGACGAGGAGCCGUCUUUGGAUCUCGGUCUCGUUGAGGAGGGCGUACCUCCUGGUAGCAGCGAGCUAGGCUCGAAUCACAGCAUGGAUAGCAGGUCCCCGUCAGCACUACCUGCGCCAGCCCCUUCCCCUCCUCGCAAACGUUCUUUUUCACCGGCCCAUCUGCGAAGAAACGGUCUCGCGUUCUCUUUUGACCGACUGCCACGCUCCUACACUGUUGAAGCCAUCUGUGCCAUUCCUCACCCUGUACCUACUCAUGCAUUGGCUGGUUCUGCAUGCUUCUCCCACCUUCUGACCGGCUCUGACGACGGGUAUAUUAGAGACUACGAUAUUUUCUCAGCCGUCAAUGGCAAGAACUUUCUAACAGCUCCUCAGAGGCACCAUGCCAAUGUGGUGGAAGGGCUGAUGAAAUCGGGUCAAUUGCGGUUCUGGUGGGAGAACACUGCAAAUCCUGAAGCCAAACCUCCUGGCAUUUUGUCUAUUGAAGAAGAGGCAACUACAGCCCCUGUUUACAGCCUUGCUAUGCAAUCCGAUGCACUUUGGGCAUUAGCUGGCACAGAUGCAGGUUACAUCAACCUUUUCACUGUUCGACAUCAACCUGGUCAGUUACAACAUGUGUUACCCGGACAUCGUGGGCCUGUCUCUGCUCUUGCUUUGGAUUAUGACGAGAAGAGUGUGUUUAGCGCUGGUUGGGAUGGAGAGGCCAUUCAAUGGGAUUUGAAUACAGGACAAAAUGCUAGAACCUUCACAGCACAUAAUUCACAGUUAAGCGGUAUUGCGUUACGACCUGCGAGCUCAGGUUAUGUCCAAACAGGACCUGCUAUAUAUACCCAAUCAAACCACCCGUCAGGACCAGAGACUGAAACCCAAAAAAGCUCUGAUGCUAUGAAUGUCGAUCCUCCGAAUGGUACAGAAGAAGAGAAGGCUGUACCGCCUACAGCUCAAUCCGGAGAACCCACACAAACUAUGACCGCAGAUUCGGAUGCACGCUCCGAUGCGUCUUUUGACCCAUUAUUUGACGAUGUACCAGAAGAAGAAGAAGCAAAACCUGCAUUGCCUAUGGAAUCCAUGCUUGCUAUUCCAAGCGGUUGGGAACCUGUUGCACAGCCAGCACAACAACCAUCGCAGCCCGCACGUCCCCCACCCACCGUGAUUCCACCCCCGAAAGGCGCUCCUCCUCUUUUUGACCCUGUUGAAUAUUCGACGUAUUCCCCGGAUCUACUGAUGACCGCUUUCAUCGAUGGGCAGAUACUCCUGUGGGACCGCAGAGUGCAUACCAACGGCCGAGGCGUAGGAAGGUUAUGGAUGAGCGAAAAAACGCCGCCAUGGUGUCUGUCUGCUUGCUGGUCUGCCGAUGGUGCCCAGAUCUUUGCCGGGAGGCGAAAUGGCACGGUUGAUGUAUGGGAUGUGCGAGUGCUCGGACAGAGUGGACCAACCAACACUCCUAGAUUACUCAAGACGCUUCGUAAUCCUGCGAGUUCAGGAGUAGUUUCUUGCGUCGUCGCUUUUCCAGAUUGCCGGCAUAUGGCAUGCGCAUCUGUUGACAAUAUACGUCUUUGGAACGUCACUGACAGCGGGGAAGAUGCCUGGGGCAAACCGAAGAGCGGUGUGCCAUUCAAAAUCAUACCAGGCCAUCAUGGAGGGUACAUAUCACAAAUGAUUAUCGAUCCCGGUGCCCGUUUCAUGGUUAGCGCCAGCAGCAACCGUGGAUGGUAUGGGGAUUCUACAAGGACAGUGUUCGUGCAUGAUAUUAAACGCGUGGAUUAG